CUUUUUUUCUCUUUUUCUUGGACAGACGAGACGCACGCGCGCCCAGGCGCCCUUCCACUGUCGCUGACUCUUCCCUGCUUGUGUUUCCAAUCACAUCCUGCGACGGCUUUGAAGCGACAACGACGACGACGGCCUCGUACAGAAGCAACUGAUCAUCCAUUUCCAUGUCGCUGGACGGAGGAGACACGGUCGAGCCGCUCAUGGCCGGACUCCCCGUCGGCAGCUUGCCAACAUCGAACAGCCCGUUGGUAGGCUUUGGCAAUGCACGGUCGGCGGCGGCGGCGGCGGCGGCUGCGACAAGCGAAGGAGGCGACGCACCCGGCAGCAGCAACCGACAAUCCUUCACGGCUUUGCGCCCAAUCUCGGUGGCAGCGCGGCAACCUGCCAACCCGCCGCAGUCCGCCCAGUCAGCCAUGUACAACCCUCAUCACCAUCCCAUGCAGCAGCCCCAGCCGCAGUCCCAGCCCCAGCUCGUGUGGCAGCCGCAAACCAAUGCUAGCACCGCCAGCUCUGGACUUGGCUAUGUUCCAUUCCAGCAGCCGCAGCUCCCUCUCACAGCUGUUCAGCUCAUCAAGAAAGAGCAAGGGAAGACGAGCAUCAAGUUCAAGUGCCAGUAUCAAACAGAGCGGAGAGUGUUUUCGUUGGAUCGGCCACCAAGUUACCAAAAGCUCAAAGAGCGCAUCAGCGAGACCUUCUCAUCCGACGGAUCCAGCAAGUUGAACAUGGCUGAUAUUGCCGUCACCUUCUGUUCAUUCGAGACGGAUGUGCUCGAAAUCAAGUCACAAUACGAACUGGAUCAAGCAGUGAUGAACUUUGACAAGGACUUGGAGCACUCGCAAUUGAAACUCCAACUCAUUCCGGCAGUUCCAAAGGUCGCACCGAGCAGCUCUUUUGCGCACUCGCGGAGCAACUCAAUGCCGUCUCGCAAUCCGCUACGAAGCUCCCGGCCAUCCAUUACCAAUCCACAAGUCUUUGAAGCUCCUUCCAACCCGCAAUCGAGCGACUCGCUCUCACCUCGAUCUCACGCGUCGCCACCUCAGACGCUCGGUCGCCACCUGGCAAGAGCCGGGCUUUCGACUAGCUCAGAGUUUCAACGGCAUGCAUUAGAGCAGCGUGUAGAUCGCCAACAAUCGAUGAAGGCGAGCGAUACAGCAAUGUUGCAACGUCUGCUGGCCGACGCUUUUGCCGAACCUGCAGCGAGCUCUGUCCCAGCGCCGACCUCCACCUACCUGCAGCCCGCAGCUUCGGUAGUUCGGCGAACAUCGCUCGAGGUCUUGCCUGAGUCCGUUCCACCAACACCAACAAUAGCAGACAAUGCUGAAUUGUCGCUACCCGACAAGAUCGCCAAACCAGCUGGGCCUGUUGUCCCGGGAGCAGCACGCCUACGGGGCGCAGUUCCACGGCAACAGUCCCUCCCAACGUCUGUCUCUGAUUCUGGCAGCUUUUCGAACGAUGGUAGCAGCCACCCCUCGCAGGAGGGGUCUGCAUCGAGCCCUUCCACGAUAAUAGGCCAGUCGGAACCUCGGACGUCAGCGCCAGCGCCAGCGGCUCCCGUAUCUCUGUCGAAUGCUCCACCAAGUAGUCGUUCUCGCUUAAUUGCACCUGGAAUACGCCCUCGGUCCCGGUCGUAUACGGAAGGGCGCCCGUUUGUCGAUGCAGAACACCAGCGACCGCUGCUCCCUCUCGACGCCAUCGCCGCCAGCCCACUGCCGCCCAAGAAUUCAUCCGUUCACCCAGGGUUUGACAGCACUUCUGGGUUGACACGAGUCCGAGCGCUAUUAUUUGACCCGCCUGUCAAAGAAGGCCUGUCGAUUGGACCGGCAUUGCUGGCCUCCUCGGUUCCUGCCAUGCCGACAGUUACGUCGACUGCUGCUGCUGCUGCUGCUGCUGCUGCUACGACCGCAGCGGUCACAUCUGCCGGCUUAUCGUCCGCGCCAUCGAGCGAGACGCUGGCGUUGCCGAAUGGAACAUCGCCGCAGCUUACGCUUCUUCCAGUGGGCGCCACGGUGCUCGCUCGACGUCGAAGUCUGGGCAAUGUCAACUCUACACCCUCCCGACCCGUGUCGAUCGUGUCAUUCCCGUCGAACUCGAGACUGGAUAGUCCUCCUGAUCGUGAUGCUUCCGCGCCCAACUCGCCUCCCCCUGGUUUCAUCAGCCAACAGCGACGCUCAUCCAUCCCACCCGAGGUGAGCAGCGAAAAUUUCCUUGCCUUGUUUCGCGCGUCUUCCGGAUCCAACAUGGCCCAGUACGACAGCGGUGUGGGCCAUGAUACAGAGCGAGCUGACGUUGGAAAUCGUGCAAGACUCGCCGUUGAAACUGAAGCAGGCCCCGACGCCGGUGGCCAAUUCAUCGCCGACCAUGACGAUGACGAGGAUUCACACGUGCAUCAGAAUGGACUACCUGCGCACCACCUACACUUCCGCGUCGGCUCAAGCUCCACCCUUGGCGAAGCACCAGACUCGGAAAGCGACGCAGCAGGAGACGCUUACGGGAGCUCGGGCAGCGUGAAUUUUGCCGAUACUGAGCCCACCGAGCGUCGCUCUUCGAGACCAACCUCGUUCCUGGCGCGAAGCUCGUUCAACGGCGUUCCAUCCGAGUUAGCAGAAACGCCUGUGCCAGCCCCGACCAGAGGCAUCAUGCUUGGCGGAUCGCUCGUUCCUGCUCCGUCCACGUUUGCACGUUCUCUCAGUGCUCCAUCCAUCGACGUGCACGCAGGUCUCCCCGCUGUGCCAGCUGCAGCUGCGCAGUUCCACCAUCCCGCCCAGGUUCCUGUCGGUGCCGCGGGAACUGGAUUCUCUGCAGGCACUGUCGCCGGCGGCUGGCAUCCAGCGCCUCCUCACUCCUUUGCUCAGACGUUCCUGCCGCAGCAGUCAGUGGCGCAGCCCCCAGGCGGUAUCAUUCCGCAACUCGCGGACGAGGAGCCGCCGCUUGAGCCCUUCCGCCCUCGAGGGCUCACCGAUUCAGCCGUUCGGCCCCGACCGGCGCUGAAUGUGAGCACUCUGGCUGCCGGGGGAGGUCAGCAGACGUUGGUUGCUGGUCGGAACAAUGCACCCGUGCAUCUAGCUCAAGCGUCGAUCGGCCAAUCCCCUGCUGAAUUUUUCCGCGAAGAAGACGAAGACUCUUCUGCAUUGACGCCCAUUCGGUCUCGUGCCGCGUCCCAACCAUCCCGCGCGGCGAUGAUUGCUUCGUCUCACCAGCCUCCAGCAGCCCAGUCAGCAUUUAUGCUUCAGCAGCAGUAUCUGCAGCAGCAACAGCAACUACAACAGCAGCAGCAACUACAACAACAACAACAACAACAACAACAACAACAACAACAACAACAACAACAACAACAACAACAACAACAACAACUGCUGAUGCAGUAUCAGCAGCAACAGCAGCAGCAGCCUUCCUACAUGCAGCAUCACCCUGCUCUUCGGCAGCCGCCACAGCAGCAGCAGCAGCAGCAGCAGCAAGGUGUGCCUUUCAUCGCACCGCAAUUUGAACAACCGCGAGCCCAACCCGCUGCCACGCAGCUAGCGCUUCAAGAGCGCGCUCUUCAGCAGCAGCAACAGCAGCAGCAGCAGCAAGCACAGCAGUUUACAGGCUCGUUUGGUGCGCUGCCGCAGGGAGAGCGUCGCAAGCCAGUUCGCUGGCGAAUGGAUCGGUUGCUCGGCGCUGGCGGGUUUGGCCAAGUGUUUUUGUGUGUGGACGAGGACACUGGCGCUUUUUUGGCUGUCAAAACGGUCGAUUACACGGCCGGUGGCAUGGACAUGACGAAGGAACUCGAAUCGCUGGAAUCGGAAAUUGCUCUGUUGAAGAAUCUGCGACACGAUUCCAUUGUGCAGUAUUUCGGAACGGAGCGCACCGACAAGCGCCUGUGCAUUUUCUUGGAGUACAUGCCUGGUGGCUCCAUCGCAACACAGCUCAAAGUGGUUGGUCCUUUUGCGGAAGACCGCGUUGUUCGCUACACGCGUCAAAUUCUGCGAGGCUUGCAAUAUUUGCACUCGCACAUGAUUGUGCAUCGGGACAUCAAGGGUGCCAACAUUCUGCUCGACUCUGGCGACAAUGUUAAACUGGCAGACUUUGGCGCAUCCAAACGCUUGCAAAGCAUCCGAAUCAUGUCCAACUGCAAGUCUCAAGUUGGCACGCCCUAUUGGAUGGCACCAGAGGUUGUCAAUGGCUCGGGCUACGGACGCAAGUCAGAUAUUUGGAGCCUUGGCUGCACCAUCAUCGAAAUGUUCACCGGCCGCCCGCCGUGGUCGGAACUGGAACCCCUCGCUGCAUUGUUCCGUAUUGGCACGGCCACUGGUCCGCCGCCGCUUCCGCUUCAUCUGAGCACUCCAGCCUCCCAAUUCUUGCUUCUCUGCUUGCAACGAGACAAUGGCCAACGCUUGUCUGCAGAAGGCCUCCAAACGCUGUCCUGGAUGACCCAACCACGCGAAUGAGCUGCUUGUUUGUUUUCGGCUCUCGUAACAUUGUUUCUUCUGUUCGCCCUCUCCCUCCCUUGCCUGUGUACAUUUAUUUAAUACUGUAGAAUUCAUAUUGUUUUAGUGGACAACAG